AUGCACAUAUUUGCAAGAAUCGUCGUCUUCGCUCUUCUUCUCUCCAUAACAAUACCAUAUCUUGUACUAUCUUAUCCCAAUGGAGCCGGCACUUGUGAUGUAACCGCGAUGAGUUCACAAGGUCAUGGAGCUCCUCUUACGUCAGGUGCUGGAGGUUUCUCUCUUACACUCGUUAAUAGCACCACCGCCUCUGGAAGCUACUCCAUAACCGUCAAGGGGCCGAAAUCCGUUAAAGGUUUAUUAUUAUAUACACAAGAUUCCAAAGGCACCAGGACUGGUAACUUUGUGGUUCCAAGUAAAUUUCAGUCAAAAAGUUGUUCUGGCACCGGAACAAAUUCUCUUACACACAAAGAUUCGAGUCAAAAGUCCUUGCCUCUAAGCUUCACAUGGUCUCCCGAAUCAGGUUCGGCCACAAACAUUACCGCCAGAGCUAUCGUAGUGGUAAGCUAUUCCGAUUGGUAUCAGUUGAGUGACCUCACCUUUGAUCCAAGUAGUGGUUUCAUGGAGUUGGCAUUGAAGAGGCAACAGGUCAAGGCGAGGACAUUUGCAAAGACCGUCGGAGGGUUCGGUCAAUAA